CGCGACACGUGAUGUGAAACUGCUCUCAGACUGACACCUUGCCGAGCCGAUGAAACUCGAACAUUUGUCUUCGGAGGUUCUUUUAGCAAUCGCCGACAGGCUGGGGGUCUUUGACUUGCUGAAUAUUCGCUUGCUUUCGAGGUUCUGGUCCAAUUUCUUCUUGACCCAUGAAUCGACAUUGUACCAUUCAGCCUGCGUACUGCAUGGAUUUGCGAAACCGCAUCAGCAGUUGGAGGAAGCUAUAAAAGAGCAUCAGACUGAGACGCAAAAAUUACGUGGAGUUGUUUCCUGGAAAGGCUUUUGCCAGUACAACGUGCUGCUGGACCGCUAUUGGAGGAUGGGGGAUAGCCUUCAUCCGCCUCGACCGAGGAUCGUAGAACGGUCAAGUUUUACGCGCAACAUUCCUCAUCGUAUCAAGAUCGACAGCUCCGAGAGCUUGAUCAUGAAUACCUCAGAUGAUGGAGGACUUUUCGUUCGGUGUGCAUCCACACAUAAGGACUUGUGGUGCAUGUAUCAGGAAGCUGUCCGCGAGUUCGCGCACAUAGAAUACUCAAAUGGAUAUGCUAUCUUUGAUCGGGGGGAAAAUUGUCACGAAGUAUGGGUGAAACACAGCAUGUUGCCUAAUCUUCAGGUCCCAUGCGAACCCACGUUGGAGCAACAGCAAAACGCAGAGGGAGCAGUGGACUUUGAGAACGAUCCUGAGAAUCCCUUCCGGGGGUGUAUGGUCCCCUUCGGAAUGCUCAGGAACCCUAUCCGGACUAGGGCAUAUCGCUUUGUCUACCCUCUUUUAUUGGUUGCUUCUGAGCAUGACCGUCGCGUUGUCAUUUGGCACGUACCGACCCGAGAAAUUGUUGAGGAAUUUCCCAUCGAUGGAUCUGAAGGACUUGAAGGUGGAGCUUGGAACCCCGAUGGGCCUGACCGUAUCAACUAUGUGGAGCUGAGUGCUACGCAUGUCUUCAUCUCACUCAGUGACCGGCUGGUGGUGUUGGAGCGUGGAAAAAUUGCUCCUGAACUCAAUAUCUCCCAGGAUGGAAUUGCAACACCUUCUAAGCCACCCAAGGCAGGUCGUAAAGUAUUUGAGUUCACCAGAGAGUCGCUAUGGAACGACACAAGACUCUGCUCAUCGCGAGCCCAUAUUCCUUUCAAGAACCCCACGUCAGAUAUUAGCCCACAUCGAUGGAUCACGGACACAAAUGGGACUUUCCCUAUUGCUCGAGAGCUGGCAGAUGGGGUUGUCUUCACGGCGGUGCACGUUUCACCCGAUGGUGGAAGUUUCGUCGCAGUCAGUCAAGAAGGGCUCAUCUUAUACGUCGAAAACAUGCUCGAAGUUAUCGAUGUCCUGGAUAAGGCGGCAUUAGACUCUCCUAUUGAAUGGGGCGACAAGAUGGGACUUUGGAUACUCUUUUCCGGGAAGCAUAUCUCAAACCUGGCUUAUGAUGGACUCAAAAUUGUCCUCAACACGCCCAGCGAGCUGUGCGUCUUGCACUUAAAAGAUGCCCUCGAUUAUGAUAAACGUUUCACACCAUCGGAGAAUGGACUGUUGACUAUCGUAUCGUUCUCCCGCUCCGACGGCGCAACAGUUUGCUGCAUCCAAAUGUCUGAAAGCAACAUCUGGUACACAUACACGGGAAUACUUCGCUUCCCUUGGCCGGGCGGUAUGUCAUUGCCAUGAUACUCCCAGAUGAUGAGCUGAGGGGAAAAUUGUUUAGAUCAAAUCAGUGAGUUUGUGGACCAAAUUGUUGUGGUGGACUUCGCAUACGAGAUCUAAGAGCCUGGGAACAUUGAUUUGGGUAAACCCAUAUCUCAGGCUACCAGUUACUGACAAUCAGGGGAUGCGACGGACAGAUUGCAACAU